AUGUCUCACAAUGAAUCUGGUAGUGCAACAGUUGGAACAAAUUCAGAAGAAGAUUUUGAUGAUGAUGAUUAUUUAAUAUCUAAUUCAUACGUUAAGGACUCAUCAGAUGAAGAUGAGGAUAUUGAUGAAAUGUCUGACACAGAUGAUGAAGCUGCCCGUUUGAUCGAACCACUUACAAUUGUGCAAUCGGGAGAAGGUGGAAGUCAGACUCCAUUCUGGGAUUCUGCUUCUCACUAUAGUAAUAUUAAUUGGAGUCAUCCUGACCAAGAAGAAAUUUGCGGUUUAGAUAUGGGAUCAAAUUUUAAUAUGGGUCAAGAAUUAUAUGUUGGGAUGAUCAAAGAAGAUCCGUCACUUAAGAUUUCUUUGAUUCAAGAGAGAAUCAAUGGAAUGUUUAAUUACAACAUUUCUUACAGGAAAGUGUGGAAGGCAAAACAAAAGGCAAUAACAAUUGAAUAUGGCAACUGGGAUGAGUCUUAUGUCGUUCUUCCGUCAUGGCCGAAACACAUGCAAAAUCAUUCACCAGGAUCGUAUUAUCAAAUUUGUGAUGAUGAUUUUGUUGUUGGCAAUACUGUCAGUCGUGAACACCGACAGUUCCAUCGAGUCUUUUGGACCUUCAGUCAAUGCAAAGAGGCUUUUAAAUAUUGCAAACCAGUCAUACAAGUUGAUGGUACUUUCAUGUAUGGGAAGUAUCGCGGGACGCUGUUAAUUGCAACAACACAAGAUGGAAAUAGUCAUGUUCUUCCGCUUGCAUUUGGUGUGGUUGAGGGAGAAACAUUAACAGCGUGGUCAUGGUUUUUGGCACACUUGCUUGAACAUGUCACAGACAAAGAUGGUAUAUGUCUCAUUUCUGAUCGUUAUGCAAGUAUAAAGUCAGCUGUUGCGAAUGAAGCACUUGGGUGGCAACCUCCUCACGCGUAUCAUGUGUAUUGCAUGCGCCACAUUGCAAGCAAUUUUAAUCACAAGUUUCAGAAUGGGAAACAAAAGGAAAUGUUAAAAAAAUUAGGAUACACCCCGUGUAAGCAUAUUUUUGAUAGAAAUUUUGAUAAAUUUUUUGAGCUGAGUCCCCCAGUAAAAGCAUGGAUUGGGAAGAUCUCAAAAGAAAAAUGGACAAUGACACAUGACAAAGAAGGCCGUAGAUACGGUCAUAUGACAACCAAUCUAUCGGAAUGUGUAAAUAAAGUUUUUAAGGGAUGUCACAAUGUACCAAUAACUGCCCUUGUGAAGUCAACAUAUAGUAGGUGUCGAAAGUAUUUUGUUGAUCGCGGUCGUCAAGCACAAAGGGAAAUACGCGAUGGUCAAAUAUAUUGCUCACACGUCAUGAAAAAACUUCGGGAAAAUCAAGAAAAGGCUUGUUCUCACAUUGUUCGGACAUAUGAUAUUCAGAGAACAAUAUUUGAGGUUGAGGAGGCUUUCGACCCUAUGACUCAACGAGGUGGACAUAAAUGGGCAGUUAACUUGAAUGAGCGCUACUGCCAAUGUGGACAAUUUACUACUUACCACUAUCCGUGCUCUCAUAUCAUUGUUGCGUGUGGUACUGUUAGCAUCAAUUUCUAUCAAUAUAUAGAUGUUGUGUACACAAAUGACUACAUAUUACGUGCUUACUCCGCACAAUGGUGGCCUCUUGGGAAUGACGAUGCGAUUGUCCCAUCUGAUGAGCCGUGGACACUUGUGCCUGAUCCAAGUUUUAUUCGUGACAAAAAAGGAAGGCCAAGAUCAAUACGAUUAAGAAAUGAAAUGGAUUGGAGGGAGCCAUCGCAAAGUCGAUACAAGUGUGGGAGAUGUGGGACAGUAGGACACAACCGGCGUUAUUGUCCAUUGCAAUCUCAACAAGGCAGUUGUUGA